UGAAAGUGAAAGAAUAUUUCAGAGAUUCCGGAGUUGAGACGGGCCCCAUACUACAUAAACUGCCCCCGCCUCACUGCCCCGGACACCUUCACCAUGGGGGACCCCAAGUACCCCUACCCUGUGGCCCUCCAGUGGAAGGAGGACCCCGAGGUGCUGAAGAAACUAAAAAAUAAACUUCUGCUGUAUUUCCAGAAGAGGAGCGAAUCAAACGGAGGAGAAUGUGAGAUCCGCGACACCGACUGCGCCCGGGGCCACAUCCUCAUACACUUCAAGGAGGAGACAGCCCGGGACGGGGUGCUGAAGAAAGACACCCAUGAGCUGAAAUUACCGGGAGGGAAGAAGAUGAAACUGGACGUUCGGUCUCAGGGGGCGGACGGUGGCAGGAGGCCUGUGGAACAGCCAGAGGUUUCCAAAGUGGAUCCCACCCCCCAACCCCAAGCAGCUGCCGAGGCCCCGAGUAACCAAUCACAGCACGUUACACAGGAACCCCCAUCCUCUCUGAUUCUGAUAGAGAACCUCCAGGACAGCUACUCUUCGGAGAUGUUAAACCUCCUGGUAGAGAAUAUCAGCGGCGCCAACGGCGACACCGACUUCCAGGUGGAGAGAAUUCCGGAGAAACAAUGUGCAGUCAUCACCUUCACAUGUGAUAUCGAUAUUCUAGGAUUUGUUGAAAAUUUUUCAAAAAACUCCAAAAUCCGGACAUCUAAAAUGAAGGUAAAGCCCCUGAAAGAAACUCGAACGAUCAGGGUUGAGGGUCUCCCCCCCAACACCCCUGAAGAUUACAUCGGCCUGUAUUUUGAGAACCCGAAGCAUGGCGUUCCUGGAAGUACGGAAGACACCGUGGCCAUUCCUGAAGAGGGCGCCGCACUGGUUACAUUCUCCACCGUGGAAGCUGCUAAGAAAGUUCUGGGGAGGAAGCAUUUGUUUCAGAAGAAAGAAGUAUCUGUUUAUCCGUAUUAUCCCGCACAGGAUAUCGUGCUUUAUGGAGACCAAAGACCCCAAAUACGAACACCAGAGCCACUCACCUUCCCAGUAAGUCGGUACAUUCUGGAAUUCAUCCUCAGUAAUGACCAGUUCAAAGACAACAUGGAAAAAACAAUGGGGACCCAUACAUGUGAGAUUAAAUGGCCAGAUCUGGUCUGCCCCAACCCCGUCAUUACAUUGAGCUUUCCUGAGGCCCAGUCUACUGAUCUCAGAUUAUUGGUGAAGCUUCUCCCAACGUGGAAAGACGAGGUCCGUCUGGAGUUCUCACGUCUCAUAUCAAAGUACAAAGUCGAAGAAUAUAAAAUGGAUCAGUCGGUCUGGUAUGUUGUUAAAGAACGUGCCAACAGCUCCACAUAUAAAGGAGUUCUUAUCAAACCUGAGUUGGGUUCAGGUAAAGUUUUCCUGGUGGGACUGGUAAAGGACAUUGCCAGGAUUGAUCCCACAUUCAGACAACUGAUAGAGGAAACCACCAAACAGGUGGAAAGAAAGAGCCAAUGUAUGACUGAGAGCUUUCCCAUGUCUCCAACCCUCUAUCAGAUUAUGUGUAACGGCGGCCUGCAGAAGAAGAUCCUGGACAAAGUUCCAGAGCUCAAGAUGGACUAUGAUAAGUCAAGAAAGGCGAUCCGGCUAUCCGGACUGAGAGAUGAAGUGCUCACCGCCAAAAAUGAUAUACUCGACAUCAAACAACAAAUGAAAACUAAAUCCAUCCAGAUGAACCCGCACCUCGUCCAGUUCCUGAUGUCCACCGAUAACGAGGAGCUGUCCUCUCUGCUCUUCGUACGUCACAAAAUCAUCGCAAUGCUGGAAAUUGAGGAUGACGCCGUUCAGCUGACGGCUUACUCAAAGAAAGACUUGAUGGAGGCUGAAGAACAGAUGAACCAAGAACUCAUUUGUAGAGAAGUUCCGGUUGAAGAGAAGAGUACCCUGAAAAUUCCCGAGUGGGAAAGUCUUCAGUCACAUCUACUUGAGUCACAUAAUGCAGAGAAAAUCACAGUCCUGAUACUGGAUUCCCGUUCCGGAGCGGAAAACAAUGUGGUCAUCGCCGGCCUGUCUUCAAAUGUGGGCAAAUGUUACCAAAAAGUCAGCGACUUUCUAGAGAAGAACACUCCAAUGAACAAGAACAUUAAAGUGAAGUCUACGGUGGUCAUGCAGUUCCUCAAAGACGAGAAGAAACAAAUGUUGGAUGGUCUGAAAAAUGAUAACCUGAGUGUGACAAUCCAAAAUAAAAUGAUACGCUUGAGGGGCCCAAAGAUCUAUGUAGUAGAAGCCCACUCCCAUAUUAGUAAUGUCCUGAGUUCUAUCUGCUCCGACACGCUAAUCAUCGAUAAACCCGGAGCCAAGAAGGUUUGUUUGACAAAUGAAGAAAUUUAUGUCACUAUGGCAAAGAAUAACUACAGCUGCCUCAUACGCUUACAGAAGGAAGAGGAGGAAGAAGAGACCGAAGAAGAGGAACCUGAGGAACUGGAAGGGUCACAGUGCCAAAUAAAUCUUCCAAAUGGAAUGGUCAUCUCUGUGCAUAAGGAUGACCUGUGCCGUCACAGAGCCGAUGUCAUCGUUAAUGCAGCCAAUGAGGAUCUGAAGCAUGUUGGGGGUCUGGCAUUGGCUUUACUGAAAGCUGCAGGUCCCAAACUACAAGAUGAUUCUGAUCAGAUUGUCAAGUCAGAAGGGCGAUUGUCCGCAGGGGAGUCGGUAAUAACGGACUCUGGUAGACUGCCAUGUAAGCAGGUUAUUCAUACAGUUGGGCCGAGGUGGUACUCCGAACCACCUGGAAAGCGAGAGCGUCUUCUACAGAAAGCCAUAACCAGCAGCUUGGAUCUGGCCGAGGAGUACUGCCAUACCUCCAUCGCCAUCCCCGCCAUCAGCUCCGGCAUUUUUGGUUGUCCUGUAGAUCAAAGCGCAGAGAAUAUUAUCAAAGCCGUCAAAGAAUAUGUGGACCGCAAACCUAAAGGCCAAUCAACCAUUAAAGAAAUUCGUCUGGUGGACACUAAUGUGGACACGAUACGAAUCUUCUCCUCCACUUUGAAAAGGAUGUUUGGGAAGGAAGAAGCGGAACCCUCCCCGAAAUACAGAGGGAAUAGAACUGAGAGGGGGGAGAGGCAUGUCCCCAGCGAGAGAGUCUCUGAACCCCAAGUGUCUACUUCUGAACCCAGAAGGUCUGCUCAUGAACCCAGAGCGUCCGCUAAUCAGAUGAUGACCAAAGAAAACAUUGUCAUUAGAGUCAGAGAAGGACUCAUCCAAGAUGCAGCAACAGAAGCCAUUGUGAACAGCGUGGGGAAAGACUUGAACCUCGGCAGCGGAGGAGCAUCAAGGGCUCUUCUAAACAAGGCUGGGGACAAGCUUCAGCAAUGUCUGAAGGAGGUCACUUAUGGAGUCCAGCCGGAUGAAGGUUCCGUGUUCACCACUGAGGGCUGCAACCUGAAAUGUAGGAUUGUUAUCCACGUCGUGGUUCCUGCUUGGAAUGGAAAACAAAGUUCUUCUGAGAAGAUUUUCAGGGACAUCGUGAGGAGCUGCCUGUGUGAGUCAGAGAAGAAAAAACUGAGAUCCAUAUCUUUCCCGGCCAUCGGGACCGGAGUUCUGGGAUUUCCAAAGAGGGCCGCCGCCUCUUUCAUGUUCGAAGAGAUUCUCAAGUUCAGCAGCAAAAGUAACGCCCAACAUCUGAGAGAAGUCAACUUCAUUCUGCACCCCAGUGAUAGAGACACUCUAACGGAGUUUUCCAAAGAACUCAACAGUCGGACAGAUAGAAAUGUCACAGUAAGCUUUGAGAGCGAUAUGUCGGCACCAGGAACCUCCCGGAGCUCACAUGCCAUUGAUGGAGCCGGUUCAGUCGUCUAUGGCACAGCGAGCACGCCGUCAUCGGGGACUCAUGAAUUGACGAUCGGAUCGGUUACUUACCAGGUAAAAACUGGAGAUAUAACAAAGGAGGAUACGGACAUCAUCGUCAAUUCAACUGACAAGUCAUUCACCAUGAGAUCAGGUGUGUCUAAAGCCAUCCUGGACGCUGCGGGACAGAGUGUGAUAGACGAGUGCAUCCAGCUGGGAUCUCGGGGUAAUAAAGACCACAUUGUGACACAGAAUGGGAAUCUUCGCUGCAAGAAAAUCCUCCAUAUGCUCGGCACCAACUCCGCCAGUGGAAUAAAAUCUUUCAUCACCAAGGCGCUGACCGAGUGCGCCCGACUCCAGGCGACAUCCGUGGCCUUCCCCGCCAUAGGGACAGGUAUGGGGAACGUCUCCUCAUCGGAGGUGGCGGACUCCAUUUUGGAAUCGGUGGCCGAUUUCGCCAGAUCGCCCCAAUCUGUCCGGAUGGUGAAAGUCGUCAUUUUCCAGAAGCAAAUGCUGAAUGAUUUCCACGGCAGUAUGAAGAGGAAGGAGGGGAGAUCUCUGCCCAGACAAGAGGGAUUCUUCGCUAAGAUGAAGGAUUCUUUUCUCGGCUUCAUGGGGUGGAACACCGAAGGCUCAGAGGCUUCCAAGGUUUUUGAAUUAAGAGAAAACAUUGAGCCGGCUAUUUUCCAGCUGUGUGCGGAAAGUCCGGGUGCUGUGGAUAGGACGAAGGUCUGGCUCCGUGAUCUGAUAAUGAAGGAGCAGUCUGAGAACGUCAUCACAGAGGACUGGAUCCAAGAGUUUGAUGAGAAGGACCAAGAGGCUUUAUUCCAACUUCAGAAGACCUUCCAAGUUAGUCUUACCAUUGACUUGCCCAAUUUCACAGUCAAGGUGAUGGGCCUGUCCAGAGAUGUCCUGGAGGUCAGUAAUAAAAUCCAAGAAAUGAUAAAGAUCGUGCGAGAAAAGAAGACCAGAGAGCGGGAGGCGGAGCUGUGCAGCAAUCUGGUGGAAUGGGGAUACCUCAACGGAACCAACUUUAUUCCAUUUGACAAAAUGACAAACAUGGAGCUGGAGAAGGCCAAGAAUGAGGACAGACAAAGUAUAAAAAUCCAUAUUAACAGGGCACAAUACACAGUGAUUGUAGAACGGAAAACUGCAAGUGAUCCCAGAGGGAACUCCGUGAAGCUUCAACGAAAUUCUAAACACGAAAAAUUAGAUGUCCCCCAAAACUGGGAUACAAUGAACAACGAGAAUAUGAAGGUGGUCCCGUUAGGUGCUGGGAGCCAGGAAUUUAUGGAUGUAGAUGCGCAAUUCAAGAGAACCUGCCCAAUGAGAAUUAUCAAGAUCGAGAGGAUCCAGAACCGCCACCUGUGGAUAAACUACAAGAUAAAGAAGCAAAGUAUUGAUGACAAGAAUGGCUCCACCACUAACGAGAAGCAACUCUUCCAUGGUCUGGACUCCAAUACUGUGAACAGUGUGAACCACAAUGGAUUUAACAGGAGCUACGCUGGAAAGAACGCGGCUUGUUAUGGAAAUGGAACGUACUUUGCAGUGAACGCCAAUUAUUCUGCACAGGACACAUACUCCCGUCCGGAUGGGAAAGGAUACAAGUACAUGUACCUGGCCCGUGUGGUCACGGGGGUAUCGUGUGUCGGAAGACAGGGGAUGAUUGCCCCCCCUCCUAAGAAUGCCUCCAACCCCACCGACCUGCAUGACAGCGUCACUGACAAUGUGGCAAACCCCGUAAUGUAUGUGAUAUUCCAUGACAUCCAGGCCUAUCCCGAGUAUCUCAUCACCUUCACUCAGUGACCUGCUGACCCAAUGCUAUAUACUGGUUCCGGAAUACGGGACUUCUUCCAGCUGGACACCGAGUUCAUAAUACAAUUUUGGUGAAUUUCUUAGUCCUGAGAACGCAUUAUACCAAAAAUUCUUGUUGUAGCCAAAAUAAAACUGAUUUUAUAAAGUUG